UUCUUCGUGUAAAUCCUAAACAAGGCGCACAAAAAUGGCGAGCAGCGGGCAAGAAGCGGCGCCUUACACCCCUUACCGGUACCUGAAGACGCUUCGGGCCCACGAACGCGCCAUCUCAUGUGUGAAAUUCUCAAACGACGGCACCCUCUUGGCCUCUGCCUCCCUCGACAAGACCAUUGCUAUUUGGUCCUCCUCCUCUCUCUCCCUCCUCCACCGCCUCGUCGGUCACUCCGAGGGCAUCUCCGACCUUGCCUGGUCCUCCGACUCCCACUACAUCUGUUCCGCUUCUGACGACCGCACUCUCCGCAUCUGGGACGCACGCUCCGCCAAAGGUGAAUGCGUCAAGACUCUCCGUGGCCACUCCGACCUAGUUUUCUGCGUCAACUUCAACCCCCAGUCUAACCUCAUCGUCUCCGGCUCCUUCGACGAUACGAUUAGGAUCUGGGAAGUCAAAACCGGCAAGUGCCUUCACUCAAUUAAGGCUCACUCUAUGCCCGUUACCUCCGUACACUUUAAUCGCGAUGGUUCGCUCAUCGUGUCCGGUAGUCAUGAUGGGUCCUGCAAGAUUUGGGACUCCGCCACUGGUGCUUGCUUGAAGACCCUUAUUGACGAUAAGGUCCCUGCUGUGUCUUUCGCUAAGUUUUCCCCCAAUGGCAAGUUCAUACUCGUUGCCACUCUCAAUGACACACUGAAGCUGUGGAACUACUCAACUGGUAAGUUUUUGAAAAUCUACAGUGGACACGUGAACAAAAUAUACUGCAUUACAUCUACAUUUUCUGUGACAAAUGGGAAGUACAUUGUGAGUGGAUCAGAGGAUAGAUGUGUAUAUUUAUGGGAUCUCCAACAUAAAAAUAUGGUUCAGAGACUUGAAGGCCACACUGAUACUGUAAUCUCUGUUUCAUGUCACCCUACUGAGAACAAAAUUGCCUCUGCGGGCCUUGAAGGCGAUAAAACUGUUAGGAUUUGGGUUCAAGAUGCCUGAGCCAUAAUGACAUUGUAGGGGCAAGAAUUCUUCCUACGACAGAAACUGGUAUUCUCUAUCGGCUGUGUAUAUAAUAUAAUGUGUAUUGUUUUGAAAACAGUUAGAAUCUUUGAGCUGCUGGUUAUUGCAAAUCGGUUUCCUAUAGGAUAAUUAUACAUGUAAAUGGUUCAUCCUAUUUUGCCUUGAGUUGAAUCCCUGAGUUUGUCGAAGACAGGACAUCUCUAGUGUUUUCAGGUGAAUUGGAAGAAAGAAAUAACAGUUGGUUUAAUAGUUUCAUUUGA